UAGACAUUUGAUAGCUUCGAUUCGAGGCGGUGUUUUCAAAAAUAGUAAGAUUUUGAAAAAAAUUAUACACCACAUAUCUUCAUAACAAAACUUAAACUUAAUGAGUUAUUUUUCAGCAUUAGUAUUGCAUAUUACAGCACGGCUCUCUCAUCAGUAUUUUAAAUUCAAGCCCAUGACUCACAAAGUCUUUGUAUAUGGAACACUAAAGCGUAAUGAACCUAACCAUUAUUGGCUGACGAAGGAAGAGAACGGUUUGGGCAAGUUCAUAACGGAAGGAACCACAAAAAAUAAAUACCCAUUAAUAAUUGCAACGAAAUAUAAUAUUCCCUUUUUACUGUAUAGUCCGGGAAAUGGACACUAUGUUAAAGGUGAAAUUUACGAAGUAGAUGACACGAUGCUAAGUAAGUUAGACAUAUUAGAGGACCAUCCGAACUACUACGUUAGAGAAAUAGAUGACAUUCUUGUUACAAAAGGGGAUAAAAAGGAAACGGUAAAGUGUUGGGUGUAUUUCCUCAAGAAUUUCAAGCCAGAGUUGGUGACUUGGCCUCAGAUGGAGAGUUAUUCGUCAAAAGGAAGCCACGGACUGCCCUACAUGGAAAGGUCAAAGAGAGAUCCUCAAUAUAACUACAAAAUCGAAAUUCUACAAAAUAAGUCACCUUGACUGUUCAACUUUUUUUGUCAGUAUUUGUAUGAAUAAAGUUUUAUUUUAAUUUUUUUUAUUUACAGUAACAACGAAUCUACCGUUGAUGAUUUGGACGACGUUAUUAAAAAGUGAUAAAAUAUUGGACCUUUUUUAUUGUAUUGAUUGUAGGUAAUAAGUUUAUUAUAUAAUAUCAUAUAUAAAAUUGCAGUUCA